AUGUCAGAACAAAUAUCACAACCACAAUCAAGUAUACUACGAAGUUUUCCAACAGAAGGAUCUCUACGAAAUAAUCAAAGAUUCCAUUUAUUCCCCAAAGAUAGAAUAGAAGCAUUAGCAACCACAUCAGGAUUAAUUGGAAUAUUUGCAGGUUUUUAUGAUGGUAUACAAAAAACUUCAAAUAGAUAUUUAGUAGAAAAUGGUCAUAGAUUACCAAGAACAAAAGGUGGGUGGUAUUUCUAUCAUAAAAGAAAGAAUUAUGAAUUAAUUGUUGGUGGUACUUCACAAGCCAUCAAAACAGGAUUAAAAUUUAGUUCAAUAGUUGGUUGUUUCUUUUUAUUAGAAUAUAGUUUAGAUUUAAUAAGAGGACAAAUUGAUUUUUUAAAUACUACUAUUGCUGCUGCUUUAGGAUCAACUAUAUAUACAAGAUAUAAACAAUUAAGUUAUAUUCAAAGUAGGAAAAUGAUAAUAAAGGGAACAAUAAGUGGAUUUAUUUUAGGUAUAAUACAAGAUUUAUUAAUAAAUGCAAGAAAUGGUAAUGUUUGGUAUAUAAAUGAAUAUAAAAGAAGAUUUAAAUAA